AAAAAAAAAAGAGACGAAUUGAGAAAUUAAUUGAACAAGUAAUUAUAAGGAAAUUACUACUGAUUAUUAUAUAGGGGAUACUAAAGUGUUUUGAGGAUAUUAAUAUUAUUACGUUUCCUAUAUUGCUCCUUACGAAAGUGUUUUUGGAGAUUGAUUAAAGAUUUAAGAUAACUAAAACUUAACAUAAUUUUUUUUUAAUAUGGGUAAAAGUAACAGUAAAGAAAAAUUCGAUGGAACUGAUCUGAGUAGUCCUAAUAUGAAUUUUAUGCGAAGGAACUAUGGUGACACAGCAUUAAACCAGGUGAAAGUUUGGAUGAAUGAAUGUGGGUUUCCAGAGGGGGGGAGUUUUAGCAUGAGGCAGCUGAAACAGUUGAGACUAAAGUUAGAGGAGAAAGAAAGAGUGAAACAUACAUUUCAGGCAGAAUGGAAGGGAUAUGGAAUGUGGUUAGAAGAAGCACAACGUAGGGACAAAAAACAAACAUUUGUAAAGACAGAUAAACCCUCACAAGUGUCUCAGUGUUUCAAAAUGCAGGAUUCCGACCUCGACUCUGCCCCGCCAAGAAGACAACAACCUGCACAACUCCAAGCUGCACUGCAAGCGGAUUUUCCACAGGCAGGAGCCCAAGCUCCACCACCUCUUCCACCUCUACCACCUUUGCCACCACCUCCUCAACCACCUCUUCCACCACUUCCUCCACCAUACAACAUUCCAGACCCGCAACCCCUUUCUCCACCUCACACCAGAGGAGGGGGACACAUGCAUCCAGUGGGACUCUGGAAAACUCAGCUUGAUAGAAUCACAUGCAGUGCAUGCUGAGAAAUUAAUCAGAGAUGGAGACAAGAGGAAGAAGGAGGAAAGAGAGACUGAUCUGCAUCACGCCACAUUGACCAUGUUCGCGGGUGCACCUCGCGGGUAUUCAAGAGGCCGAGGGCGCGGACGGAGUAGAGGAGGAUUUCAAGGAAGAAGGGGAGAUCGCACGCGGAAUUAUGAUCCGAACAUUUGUUUUUUCUGUGGAGAGAAGGGACAUUGGGCAAAAGAUUGUCCGGGGAGACAGCAACCUUACAAUGCUGAUUGAACCGAGGCGGGGGCGGAGGAGAGGGAGGAACCAGCAUCUUUGGACACAGAACGAGACCGUGAGGAACACAUCACACAUCAAGAGGGUGAAUGCACCACACCAACACAAACACCUAUCACAGAAGUAAAAGAUUUUUUAGAAAAGAAAGACAAAUUACUUAUAGAAACAUAUGUUAAGUAUCAAUCAGAUGCUUAUGCUCAUAUGCCAACGCACACACUCACAGUGCUAGGGAAAGACAUUACAUUCCUUGUAGAUUCAGGAGCAACACAUUCAGUCAUCAAGAGCAAUAUGUUUGAAACACCUCCUAAAAUGAGUGGACGAUUUGUUAGAUCUGUGGGGGCUUCAGGAAGCACCGUGGUUGAAAAAUUCACGACUCCUUUAAUAUGUAGUGAUAGCGGCACAGGAAAAUUUAAGUGUUCAUUUUUGCUAUCCUCAUGUUGUCCAAUUAAUUUGAUGGGAAGAGAUGUAAUGUGUCUUAUGGGCAUUUCUUUAAUUUCCACCCCAUCAGGUGUCGUAGUGGUCCGAACGGCUGAUCUGGAUCAACCACAGAUUUACACAUGCAUUAAGUAUAAUGCUGAUUCACUGCUAUAUGCAUAUGAAUGGAAGCUCUGCUCAUCUGUUGUCACCUCAAUCAACACUGAUCUAGUGGAUAAGGCACAUUCAGUCACACUAGGAACAGACACCACUUAUAUGCAUCCAGAAGACUUACACUGCAUUGCACACAUACACGAAGGGAAAGAUUCAGGAUUUGAGAAAAGAUGGUUUAGAGAAAGUUGUGUGAGAGAGAAGUUAACACUAAGUUGCAUGUUCUGGAAUGAACAUAGAUGUGCUGUUUCCGUAAUUUUAUCUAAACCAGAAUAUAAGUCACCCUCUCAGUUCCUUCACAGAUAUUCAGAGGUUGCUUCCCUUUAUGACGUUCCUGAUUCCCAUCCACAUGUCUCACUGUCAAAACACAAAAAUGAUGAAUGGCAAGACUUGGGACCGUGGAUAAAAAAAUGUGUCCAUGCUGACGUCUGGGAAAAGACAUCAGAUCUUUUGGUUCAGUAUAAUUCUGCUUUGAAAGUGUAUAGAAAACGAUUUACGUCUGUUGUUCACACAUUCAGAACUGUUCAACUGGUACCAGACACAUACACAGACACUCAGAAUGCACAUGCAUAUUUAUAUGACACAGACAACAUUUCAGAAACACACCCGGCUCUAAAAGAGGUCCCUAAGACACUUUGGGCUCAAGGCAAUCAUGAUGUGGGUUUAAUUCGAAACAUGAAACCUGUAGUCAUCAAACCAAAAUCCGACUACAGACCACAUCAAUCACAAUAUCCACUCAGACAGGAAGCCAUCGAUGGUAUUACGCCAGUUUUCAACUCUCUAUUGAAGGCAGGUGUAAUUGUUCCUUGCAAGGAUUCACCGGUGAGAACUCCGAUUUUUCCGGUCAAGAAAGUUCGCGAUGAAUCACAACCUGAUGAUUGGCGAUUUGUUCAAGAUUUGAAAGCUGUCAAUGCCGCAGUACAGCAGCGCGCUCCGUCGGUUCCAAAUCCUUAUACAAUCCUUUCCCAAGUUCCGCCGGCUAGUAAAUGGUUCUCUGUUGUUGAUCUGGCAAAUGCAUUUUUUAGCGUUCAAAUUGAUAAAGACAGUCAAUACUGGUUUGCAUUUGAGUUCAACAGAGAAAGUUAUACAUUCACACGCCUGUGUCAGGGCUACUGUGAAUCACCUACCAUUUACAACCAGGCACUAAAAGACAGCUUGAGCUCAUUAGAGAUAACACCAGGAAGUGCACUUUUGCAAUACGUUGACGAUUUAAUGAUUUGUGCACCAACUAAAGAACAAUGUGAAAAAGAUACUGUAGCUCUCUUAAAACAUUUAGAUGCACAAGGCCACAAAGCAAGCCUGAAAAAAUUGCAGUUUGUAAAAGAACAAGUUUCAUUUUUAGGGCAUGUGAUCACAGCAGAGGGCAAAUCCCUCUCCCCUAAGAGAGCAUUAGCAAUUCAAAAUAUUCCAAAACCUGUCACAAAGAAACAAGUGAUGUCAUUCCUGGGAAUGUGUUCUUAUUGUAGAUCAUUUAUUCCUAAUUAUGCUGUCCUCGAGGCGCCCCUUAGCGCAAUCGCACACGGGCAAGGCUUACAAGCAUAUAGCAAAGUGACAUGGACUGAUGACGCGGAGAAAGCUUUCACUGACUUGAAACUGACCUUACAAACGACUCCGACUUUAGGGCUACCCAACCCUGACCGACCUUUCACACAGGCUGUUGACGAAAAGGGGGGCUACAUGACUUCAGUUCUCCUCCAGGAACAUGGGGGCAAACAGAGACCUGUUGCAUUUUUCUCAGCAAAACUUGAUCCAGUUGCUGCAGGGCUGCCUACUUGUCUCAGAGCUGUAGCAGCGGCAGAGAAGGCUGUAAUGGCAUCCAGGGAUUUAGUGGGGUACUCCCCACUCACCCUGUUGGUACCACAUGCUGUGUCUUUGAUUUUGUUGGAACAAAAGACAUCUCAUUUGUCUGCUGCACGCUGGCUCCGUUAUCAUGCUAUUCUGUUGGAAAUGCCUAACAUCACUGUGAAAAGAUGUAAUGUUCUUAACCCAGCUACUCUUCUUCCAACAGAAGGAGAUGGUGAACAACAUAAUUGUGUAGUAACAAUAACCGAAGUUUGUUCCCCCAGACCAGAUUUACAGGAAACACCACUGCAGAAUCCAGACCUUGAACUUUUUGUGGAUGGAUCAGCGUCUUGCAAUUCAGACACAGGAGCAAAUCAAGUUGGUUUCUCUGUGGUAACAGCACAUGAUACAUUGAUUGCACGACCUCUCCCUGCUUCCCUGUCUGCACAGGCAGCAGAGCUCACUGCUCUCAUUGAAGCAUGCAAAUUGGCUAAGGGGAAAAGGGUUAACAUCUACACUGACAGUAGAUAUGCAUUUGGUGUAGUACAUGAUUUUGGCACGAUUUGGAAACACAGAGAAUUCCUUACAUCAUCAGGCAAACCAAUUGCGCAUCAUGCUCUAGUGUCUCAGAUGCUUGAUGCUGUCCUCCUCCCCAAACAGGUUGCUGUAUGUAAAUGUGAUGCUCACACUUCCAACAAUGACCCAGUAUCACAAGGAAAUGCCAGGGCAGAUGCAGCAGCGAAAGCAGCUGCUUGCCAGCCACUAUCUGCUUCACACAUCCUCUUACAGGUCGACCCCACCACCCCCACGGCUGACCUGCAAGACCUUCAACUUAGAGCAACAGCAGAUGAGCGAGGACUUUGGAAGAGAAGUGGUUGCACACACACACAUGGGGUGUGGGUGGGCCCUGAGGGGAAACCUUGUCUGCCAAAAUAUCUGUUUCCUCAUUAUGCAAAGUUAACGCAUGGGAAGGAUCAUGUUUCAAAAGGAUCAAUGAUGGCUGCUAUUUCACAACAUUGGUUCACUAAGGGGUUUUCUAGCUACGCUCAGAAGUUUUGUCAAGCAUGCAUGAUUUGUGCUACUAACAACAUUGGUAGAGGAAUGCAGGCCCCACAAGCUGCACAUCCUCCACCUGACAAACCAUUUGAUCAUCUACAGAUGGAUUUUAUUGAACUAACACCGAGUGAAGGGAAAAAAUAUUGCUUGGUUAUAGUUGAUAUGUUUUCUAAAUGGGUUGAAGUUUUCCCCACAUCGAAACAAGACACAGGUGCCGUAGUUAAAGCGUUGAUCACUGAACUUAUUCCUAGAUGGGGAAUCCCGAGUAAAAUCAGCAGUGACAACGGAACUCCUUUUGUUAGUGCUGCACAGAAACAAAUGAGUAAGUAUUUGGGCUUUGAUCUGAGAAAACAUUGUGCCUACCACCCAGCUAGUGCUGGAGCGGUUGAAAGAGAAAAUGGCACGCUAAAAAACAAAUUGGCAAAAUGCUGUGAGGAAACUGGAUUAUCGUGGCCUAAGGCUCUCCCACUUGUUCUCAUGCAAAUGAGAAUGAGGGUCAGACCAAAAUAUGGAUUGAGCCCAUUUGAGAUUCUGUUCGGACGCCCAGCGAACACGGGCAUUGGACCUGUUAAAAGACCAAUGCCCUCAACAUCUCUCUGUGAAGAUGAAAUGCUAUGUUAUUGUACAAAUCUCUCUUCUGCUUUAUCUGCCAUCCACAAACAGGUAAAAGACGCACUCCCUACCCCGGCAACUGGACCACUUCAUGACCUGAAGCCAGGCGACUGGGUUGUAGUAAAAGACCUAAGGCGGAAAAGUUGGCGACACAGACGCUGGACAGGACCGUACCAGAUCCUUUUAACGACCCACACGGCGGUGAAGGUUGCUGAGAGGACAACAUGGAUUCAUGCCAGUCACUGCAAGAGAGUCCCAGAACCAGAACAUCCACCUGCUGCACCCACAAUGAAUGAUUAAAGCAAAAGAUCAGUGAAGAGGGGGCAGUGCUGACAAGUACAGCUGUUUAUAAUAAGUUGCUUCGGAGAAUCACAUGAUACACACAACGCCGAGAAGACGACAAAUGGAACGCUGACCUCUUCAGUCAGCUGGGUCUGAGUGGCAGUAGUGGAACUGUUCUCUUAAUAAUGAUGACAGCGAUCUCCUGCUGACUGACUCUAGAUACGAAUUUCGUUUUUGGAACAUUCAAACCAAUCUCCCAGGACAGUUCGUUUUGUGGGUCUCAAGCAUCCUGUGUGAUAUGAUGAUUUGUUUUCCUUUGAAGCUACAGGAAGUGGUUGCUUGUUUGAACAUGCCACACUUCUAUUCGCACGUAUGUCUCCCCCACAUGGCACCUUUAUACUCACAGUUUGGUUACUUUAGCCUCCAUGAACCUUAUAGGGAAGGCCAACUGUGUCCCUAUUGUUUGUUCUGCCAGAUGAUUAGAAUUAGAUCUACAGUGACGACAAGAUAAGGUGUG